AAGGAGCCUGAACUUGCCAAAAACAAGGAACUUGGAUUAAUUCCAAACAAGUCCUUUCUAGGAUUUUCGUAACUUUGAUUUUAUUUGAUUGUCUUUCUAGAGGAUUCUGUCAUCUUAGUCACAGGCUGUAAAGAUGUCCCUUGCUGGAACGUCUGCUUCCCCCAACAAGAUCAACCCCUAUAAAAUCAUUACAGACCUCACCAACAUCACACAAGAUGAGGAAGAGGAAUCACAGGUGGCAGAAUUUGACCUGGGGACCAAGAUUAAGACCCCGAAGGAGCUGAUGUUAGAGGAGCUGUCUCUGCUGAAGGGAAAGGGCUCCAAGAUGUUCCAAAUGAGACAGCAGAGAGUGGAUAAGUUCAUCAUCAGUGCUGAGAACCUGCAGAACCUUCAGAAGCUGGCCCCCUCCCUAGGCUGUGAACCAAAGGUGCCACCUAUCACCGUGCCUGAACCAGAGGCAGUGGAAGUUGAAAUAGAUCCUGAGGCAGAAAAGCAGAAGAGGAGGAGUGAGUAUGUUAAAAUGUACAUAUCACCAUGGGAACGUGCUAUGAAGGAUGACGAGGAGCUUAAAGCCACCAUGAAGCUGCAGAUGCCGGGGCCUCUUGUGCACAAGGACCUGCCCAAGUACAAGAGCUUCAACAGGACAGCCCUACCCUUUGGGGGCCCAGACAUGGGCGCACACCUGCUGACCUCCGAGGUGCCCAAGGUCAAGCCUAGCCCAGAGGAGUGGGAGUCGUUGGGUAUGUUCCAGUAUGACAUCAACUCACGGCCUUCCUUCAACCGCACACCUAUAGGUUGGGUGUGCAAUGACCCCAACCACAUUCACAUCGACCUGGACACUACGCCCUUCGACGGAGAGACAGACGACCUCUGAGGACCCUGUUACCCUGCCACCACACAGACCUAUGUACAUUCUUCACAAUACAUACACAUACUAGUCUAACGCUUACACAUAUAAGCACACAUAUGAACAUACUGUAUGGAUACCUGUGUACACAUAUACAAACUCUAACUCCAAAUUGGAAGUGUAAUAGAUGUGCAUGUAUACACAUUUCAACAGUGAAAAAAAAAAAGAAAAAAAAGAUUCUUCCUGCCUAUUGUUCUUUGCUAUGUUCACAGGUGGAAGGCUACAGUAGCAUAUUAGAUAGAACUGCAUUUACACUUGCAGGAUAUGUUAUGCUUUAUUUACUGUACUGAAACAGAUAUAGUGUACAUAUGGAAAAGGCGCUAAACAGAGUAGAUACAAAGCU